GAAGCAGUAGCAGCAGCAGCCCCUCAUCCUCUCUGGGUCUGUUUGGCAAGGAAGCGUAGGCGCCGCGGAAGCCGCCAGUGCCUUUGCAGUUAGGACCUCUGGCCACUCCUGACUCAUGGCCACGCUGUGCCUGAGGCCCCUCUCUCCAAACCCCUGCCCUCCGCUGCUCUGGCCCUGCAGAUUCAGUCCCCUGGACCCCCUCAUUAAGCCUAACCAUCCGGCAUGUGGUCUUCCUCUCUUUUUACUGCAUACCACCUUUCCCAGCUUCAUUGUGAUUUCUAUAUGAAUGUUGGGGUAGCUCAUAGUGAAGUGAAUCCUAACACACGAGUGAUGAACAGCCGAGGCAUAUGGCUGGCCUAUAGUAUCUCAGUGGCCGUCCUUCACAUCAUCCUUCUCAGCAUCCCCUUCUUUAGCGUCCCUGUAGUCUGGACUCUGACUAAUGUUAUCCAUAACCUGGCAAUGUAUUGGCUCCUGCACACAGUAAAAGGGACCCCCUUUGAAACGCCUGACCAGGGCAAGGAUCGCCUCCUCACACACUGGGAACAGAUUGAUUAUGGUACACAAUGGACAUCCUCACGCAAGUUCCUAAGCAUCUCACCAAUUGUCCUCUACAUCUUGACCAGCUUUUAUACAAAGUAUGACCCUGUGCACUUCAUAAUCAACACAGCCUCCUUGCUGAGUGUCCUUUUGCCCAAACUGCCCCUGUUCCAUGGCGUCCGUAUAUUUGGUAUCAACAAAUACUGAAGCAACCAUUGAUUCUUCCACUGCUGCUUAUUCCAAAGAUCCAAGUGGCAAAGCUCAGAUCACUCUUUGAGAUGUUAUACUGUACUGAACUAUGCAUAACACUGGGGCAGAGACAGUUUUAGUGGACCACAAGAACGGAUCUGUGCUGAACUAUUUAUUUUGUAAAAGGCGAUAUAAGCCAUUCUCCUUGUGGCUAAUCUGCACCUGUGCUGUUGCCUCUUCCAAGGGAAUGAAAAAAUAAUUAAGUCCUCAGGUGGAUUGUUUCUCUUGCAAGAUUUCUGCUCCAGUUGUUUGUAAUUGGUGACAUUGUGGGAGGAAGCCAUUUUGUGUAAAGGUUUCUUUUGAUUUUUAGACAUUCCGAGUCAAAGCAAGCUUGUGUGUCUUGGGGAGUGAAUACACUUCUGAAGUACUCUUGUGAAAGUAAAUUGUUAGACUGUGAUGUUUCUAAGCGGUUCAAAUUAUCUAUGUCCACCAUGCUCCUAACAUUUUCAUUUUGUAAAAUAUAUCAUAUAUAUGUAUAACUUUCUUCCUACUGGAAAAGUAGGAAUCCUGUAUAGACUUUUGCUUCACUGUAUUUUUCUUUUUCUUUAUUUUUAAAUAGCCCUUAUGAUUAUAAAGGAAAAAAUGUAAGACUAUGUUAGUAAUGGAAGAUAUAAAUUAAAAUAAAGCUUUUGUCCUUGCUA